AGAGCAAAACUUACACGCAUUUCAAAUUUACCGCCAAAGACGGCCAUAUUGGUAUUCCUACUUUCUCACUCGGGAGUAUUAUUUUAUCUCUAUCCACGGUGGACUGUGAACACGUAUUUGUGCGUACAUGUCGCAUGACUUUAGAUAUACCUAUUAUUCGUACCGGUAGAGAGGUUAAAAACGCUUAGACGUACUUGAUGUUCCUACUUUUGCAUUUAUUGUUCGCACGUAUAUCGUACGUUAACUUAUAAAACAGCAUGCGAUGACGACUCUUAGCCACGUUCGAAGAUCUGGCAGAAUUUUACAACGUUUGCAACCACACAAAUACAAUGCUUCCAAUAAUCUACGAGUAUUCUUGCGAAACGAGGCGAGCUUUGUACCGAAGCGAGUGCUUAUCGUGAAAAAAUUGUCGCGAUACUAUUUUGAAAAAUUACGAGAACCAGAUUUAAACGAGGAAGAGUUGAAAGUAAAAUUAGAGGAAAGAGGAUCUGAUUAUGAAUUAAUGUUGGCUAGUCAUAUUGCAACUAAUGCUGUGAAAAAUGAAGUAAUUGAACAUUUGAAGAAAAUGAAUAUAGAGUAUAGAGUAGUAAACAGGGAAAAUCUUAAUCCGGAGAAUUUCGUUUGGGCCGAUUUAAUUCUUCCGAUCGGCGGCGAUGGCACAUUUUUAUUAGCAUCAAAUUUAAUAUUUGAUAAUAAAAAACCUAUAAUAGGCAUUAAUUCAUUCCCGGAGAGAUCCGAGGGUUUUCUAAUGUUACCGCCCAAAUAUACCAAAAGGAUACCGGAAAUUUUUGAAAUGUUAAGAGCUGGUCAUUAUAAUGUAUUAAUGAGACGAAGGAUUAGAACAACAAUUAUGGGUGAUAAUAUCUGGGAUCCUCCAUUUCACGCGCAUGAAAAAGGUCGUGUUACAGGUUGCGAAAAAUUUUAUACAGAAAACUUACAGAAAGGAGCACCAAAUAAUUUACCAAAAGAAAGGCGUUUACCAUGGUUAGCGCUAAACGAAGUUUUUAUAGCCGAGACCCUAUCGGCUAGAACAAGUUCCUUGUUUAUAAAGCCAGACAAUGAACCAGAGUUUCAUUUGGUGAAAAGUUCUGGGUUGUGUGUCAGCACAGGAACAGGAUCGACAUCCUGGUAUAAAUCCAUAAAUAGCGUUAAUUCGCUAGUAGUACAAGAGAUAUUGAAUCUUGUAGAUGAGAAAAGACAAUUUAGCAGUGAGGAAAUUGACAAAAUUUGUUCCACUUUUAACAGCAGUUUGCAUGUUAAUGCUGAGGAAUUAAAAUUAUGUUACGCUAUAAGGGAUAUGAUAGUAACCGAUGUUUGGCCCAUACCAAAGUCCAUGCAACCACGUGGGUUGUGUAACAAAUUAGUAGUAAGGUCACAGUGCUAUGAUGCAGGGUUAGUUGUCGAUGGUGGUAUAGCGAUACCGUUUAAUUCUGGAACUAAAGCAGUAUUGGAAGUCCAUCCCGAAGAUUCUUUACGAGCAUUAAUUCUUCCGUCUUGAAGAGUUUGCUAUCAGCGGAACAAUUAAUUUAGAUUAAGGCGUAAUAAAGGGUAACCGUUUCUAACAUAUAGGAACUAUACUUUUGUACAUCACAAUCUUUUAUAACUUCUGAAAGGGCAUAUAAUUUAAUUUACUACGAUUUUAUUAAAACAGACGUUGCAUAGAUAUACACUAUAUUUAUGUGUGUAAUCUGGUAUGGAAGAUAAUAAUUUUAAAUAACAAAUAGAAUACUGUAAUAAUGUAUUCAACAAGAAUAAAAAUGAAGGUUAUAAUUUUUAA